UGAAAACAUACUCCAAGAGAAUGUUUGUACUUUGUACUUUGGUUAAAGUACUAUUUAGACUUGAAUUCCUAAGUCUUUCUUAAGAAGUUGUUUUCAUUAAUCUCUCUUCUGAAUUAUAGAAAUAAGAUAACUCUACUGGACAAAAUGACUUCUUGUUAUGUUUCUGAAGAGCCUAUUAAAAGAGUUGCUAUCUUUGGAGGAACUCAUGGGAAUGAGCUAACAGGAAUAUUUCUAGUUAAACACUGGCUAGAGAAUGGCACUGAGAUUCAGAGAACAGGACUGGAGGUAAAUCCAUUUAUCACCAACCCAAGAGCAGUGAAGAAGUGUACCAGAUAUAUUGACUGCGACCUGAAUCGAGUUUUUGGCCUUGAAAAUCUUAGCAAAAAUACAUCAGAGGACUUGCCAUAUGAGGUUAGAAGGGCUCAAGAAAUAAUUAACCUAUUUGGUCCAAAAGGCUCCUAUGACAUUAUUUUUGACCUUCACAACACUACUUCUAACAUGGGGUGCACCCUUAUUCUUGAAGAUUCCCAUUGUGACUUCUUAAUUCAGAUGUCUCAUUAUAUUAAGACUUCCUUGGCUCCAUUACCCUGCUAUGUUUAUCUGAUUGAGCAUCCUACCCUCAAAUAUGCAACCACUCGUUCUAUAGCCAAGUUUCCUGUUGGUAUAGAAGUUGGUCCCCAACCUCAAGGAGUCCUAAGAGCUGAUAUUUUGGAACAAAUGAGAAAAAUGAUUAAACAUGCUCUUGAUUUUAUACAUGAUUUUAAUGAAGGUAAAGAAUUCCCUCCCUGUGCAAUUGAGGUCUAUAAAAUAAUAGAGAAAGUUGAUUAUCCCAGGAAUGAAAGUGGAGAAAUUACUGCUAUUAUCCACCCUAAUCUGCAGGAUCAAGACUGGAAGCCAUUGCAUCCUGGGGACCCGUUGUUUUUAACUCUUGAUGGAAAGACUAUUCCACUGGAUGGAGAUAGUACAGUGUAUCCAGUAUUUGUAAAUGAGGCUGCCUAUUAUGAAAAGAAAGAAGCUUUUGCCAAAACAACUAAAUUAACACUCCAAGCAAAAAGUAUUCACUGCUCUCACCAUUAGAAAUUAUCUCUUACUCAAAAAUGUCAUUGUAUGUUCAAAAACUCUACUAGUUUAUAAACUAUUGACAAGCAAGAUUAUGCCUUACUCAAUUUCAUAUCUAUAGUGCCUACAGCCCAAUGCCUUUCACAAAUGAGCGUUCAGGUAAAUUUCUUUAAUAGUUUUAGUUUAAAUUAAAUUUUAAUUAAAAAGUAAUUUGAUCACAACUCAAUAAUAUGUGUUUACAAGUAAUACAUAAAUGCUACUAGAAACUAAUGGUCAAGCCUUGUUAUUUUUAAAUUGUAUGCUACU